AGGGGGGUUGUUAUGUCAUAGAGCUGGGGGAUUAAUUGAUUUGCUGGUGAUGUCGAGGAUCCCUAAGUGGAAGAUUGAGAAGACAAAAAUAAAAGUCGUGUUCCGGUUACAAUUCCAUGCUACACAUAUUCCACAAAGUGGAUGGGAUAAACUGUAUAUAUCCUUCAUUCCUGCCGAUUCUGGGAAAGCAACUGCAAAGACAACCAAAGCAAAUGUGAGAAAUGGAACUUGCAAAUGGGCUGAUCCAAUCUAUGAGACUACAAGGCUUCUUCAAGACAUCAAAACUAAGCAGUUCGAUGAAAAACUCUAUAAGCUUGUUGUGGCAAUGGGUUCCUCACGGUCCAGCCUUCUGGGUGAGGCGACCAUCAACCUUGCUGAUUAUGCUUAUGCAUCAAAGCCUUCUGUUGUUCCACUGCCACUUAUUGGCUGUGAUCCUGGAGCUAUAUUACAUGUCACUGUACAACUUCUAACCUCUAAAACCGGUUUCAGGGAGUUCGAACAGCAACGAGAACUUAGAGAGAUAGGAUUGCAGGUGGGGCCAGAUCAAAAUGGUCCUGAUCAGUCUUCAUCUGGAAAAGUAUCAGUUUCUGAGGAUAUCCUUAACAUUCAUACGGUUAAGGUCAAUCCAAGGGUUAGAUUUAAAGAAAAAUCUAAAGAGCACUCUUUGUGCGAGGAAGAUGUUGGGUUGAAUGAAGACUAUGGAGACUCAGCUGUUGGGUUUGAUGGCUCUUCUAAUACGUCAGAAAGUUUAUGUGCAGAAAAGCAUGAUACGUCCAGUACUCAUGAAAUUGACAGCCUAAAGAGUACGGUCUCUGGUGAUUUGACCGGGCUUGGUCAUAGCCCUCAGCAAGAUAAAGGAGAUCCCUCAAAUCACUGGUUUUUGGCACAGGGGUCUAACAAUUGGGUUCAUGGCUGGAGUUCAGACUAUUCCAGGGAUAAUGACUUAUCUGUUGCUUAUGAAGAAAAUAGCAGACUCCGAGGGUGCUUGGAAGUGGCAGAAUCAUCUAUUCAGGAACUUAAGAUGGAAGUAAGCUUAUUGCAAAAUCAUGUUAGACAAAUUGGUGCUGAAACCGAGAAAUUUUCUCAGCAACUUGUCACUGAGGUUUCUUCAGGUGAAAGGUUGGCAAAAGAGAUUUCUGAUUUAAAAUUAGAGUGUUCGAAGUUGAAAGAUGACCUUGAGCAAAUGACAAUUUCGAAACUGUGCCCUUCUCUAACCAACAAAGAAGCUAUAAAGAAAGGUGAGGACCACUUACUCCAAGAUUUAGAGGUCAUAUUGUCAAAGGGGCUUUUAGUUAUGGAGGAUAAGAUAAGGGAACUCCAAGACAAGGUAUGUUUGAAUUAUCAUGAAAGAGACCAUAGGUUCAUUCAAACAGACUUGGAAGCACUGCUUGACAUUCUGCAAGAUCUCAAACAGGGAACUCAAAAAGAAAUGUUUAUUCUUAGGUCGGUGGCAUCCGAAAGAUGCAACAUGAAUAGUACCAGAGAAAUGAGCCUAACUAAUUCUUUUAUACCAGCAACUAGUUUUGAUGCAGAGCUUUAUCAACCAGAACCAGGCAUGGUUCCAUGCAUUAGUGUGCCUGGUCUUAUGCCUCAUGAACCUGAUUCUAUGGUUGCCACUAAUGCAAUGAAAGGAAAAAUCUUUGAACUUUUGAGAGAGUUGGAUGAAUCAAAAGUUGAGCGGGAAAGCCUUGCAAAGAAAAUGGACCAGAUGGAGUGCUACUAUGAAGCUCUUGUUCAGGAGCUUGAGGAAAACCAAAGGCAGAUGCUGGGAGAAUUGCAGUCUAUCAGAAAUGAGCAUUCUACUUGCUUGUUUAGAGUGCAAUCUGCUAAAGCUGAGGUGGAGACUAUGAACCAAGAUUUGAAUGAGCAAGUCUUGCGAUUUGCUGAAGAAAAACAAGAUUUGGAAUCUCUGAGCAAGGAACUGGAAAGAAGGGCUAUUAUUGCAGAAGCAGCACUGAAAAGAGGACGCCUUAAUUACUCAAUUGCGGUGGGCCAGUUGCAAAAGGACCUUGAGCUGCUUUCUUCGCAGGUUAUGUCUGUGUUUGAGACGAAUGAGAGUCUCAUAAGGCAAGCUUUUGUAGAUUCUUCACAAACAAACUCUCAAGGAUUCUCUGAGGAAUUUCAAACCACCAAGCCCUUACAUUCUAAAAAUCAGUAUGUUGGUGUGAAGAAACAACAGUUGGGUGGAGAUAUCCUUUUAGAAGAUUUGAAAAGAUCCCUCCAUUUGCAGGAAACCCUUUACCAGAAGGUUGAAGAAGAAGUUUGUGAAAUGCAUUGCCAAAAUGUAUACUUGGAUGUGUUUUCAAACACUCUACUAGAAACUCUGCUUGAAGCCAAUGAUGAUAUUAAAACAAAGAAAGACAAAAUAGAUGAGCUUGCAUGGCAAUUGGAACUUUCACUCGAGUCCAAGGAGUUAUUGAUGCAAAGGCUGCAAACAGCUAUGGAUGAUGUUCAUUCCCUUAACGAGUACAAGGCUACUUGCAUUGUCAAGUAUAAUGACAUGGCUCUGCAGAAACAAGCUUUGGAAGAAAAUGUGAAAAAUAUCACCCAAGGAAAUCAUCAUCUCCGUGAGAAGAUAACUGAACUGGAGUGCUGCUUGAUGGAGUACAAAAGUUACAAGAGCGAAUUUAAUGCCUGUGUCAUGGAGAAAACAGAGUUGGCUAAUUUAUUGAAGGAAGGUACUCUGGAAAAUGACAACCUUAGAAACAAUAACUCUUCUUUGCAGGAAGAGUUGAGAAUGAUCAAAGCUGAGUUUGAUGAAUUGGUUCUUGUGAAGGAAAAGCUGCAAAAGACUAUGGACUUUCUGCGAAACAGGGUUCAUAACUUAAUGACAUCCUUUGGCAAGUUUUUUGAACCACCCCUCUCAACUGACUUGGUUUGUCAGGAUAUUGAGUCUGAGGACUUGACAUCUGUCAUUGCCCAGUUAGAAGAGGUCCAGAAUAAUGCAUAUGAAAAUUUUCUUCAUCUCUUGAAAGAAAAGAAAGAUCUGAUGGGUGAAAGAGAUAAGGCUCAAGCGUCUUUAAGUGUGGUAGAAUCAGACAUGGUGCUAACGAAACAGAAGUUCGAAUGUGAUGUACGAGCCAUGGUUGAUAAAAUGGAUCUAUCCAAUGCAGUUGUACAAAAGCUUCAGUUAGAAAUUGAAGCUGUUGCCGAAAAGCUCAAGGUUAGCUCUGAAGUUGAAGAAACCAAUGCACAGCAGCAGAGAGAUCUCUUAUCUGAUCUUGAGCAUUUUGAAACGGAGCUACAGCAGUUUACUUCUAAGAAUAGGGAUAUUGCUGAAGAACUCUUGGUAGAGUCUGUCAAUGAAGAACUUGGAAGCAAUAAGUUGACUGUGGCUGAACUUCUGGAAGAAAACAAAGCAUUGGUGCAAUCUUUACGGGAUAAAUCUGAGGAGGCAUCCAAGCUUGCUUUGGAAAUUAAUGGUUUACAAGACAGUUUGCAUUCUGCACAUGAUGAGCUGCAAUCAGAAAGAAUCGCCAAAGAUAAAUUACAGAGUGUGAUUACAGAUCUUACUUCCCAAAUGAAUGAGAACCACGGUCAGUUGUUGCAAUUUGACCAACAUAAAUCUGAACUGGGCCAUCUUAAGCAUAUGUUGUUGGACCUAGAAUCAGAGAAAUCUAGAGUUUGCAGUCUUUUACAGCAGUCUGAGGAGCGCCUCAUCGAUGCUGUCAAAGAGUCUUCCACUAUUACUUCUCUGGAAACUCAGUUGUCUGAAAUGCAUGAACGUUCAAUAGCUGCAGAUCUUAUCCUCAUUUUCUUAAGAGCUCAGUAUGAAAACUGGACCACUGACCUUGUUCAUCAACUUUUCAGGUCUGAAAGACAACUUGCAGAGCUUCAAAAGAAGCAUCAUAAUUUUGAGAGUAUACUUAAUGGUUGUCUUGCUCGUGAAGCACACUGCAUUGAAGAAAGUAGAAGAUUAUCAAUGACACUUGACUCCCUAAAAUCAGAGUUAGAAGCUUCCAUGGCUGAAAACCAGAUACUUAUCAAUAAAAAUAGCACUGUAAUAGCUGAGCUUCAGGACUGCAAAAGUAAGAUAAAAAAGAUAGAGUUCGCUUACUUUGAGGAUAAUCAUCAGCAUGCACUUGAAGUUGAAAGGCUGAAGCACUUACUUGGCUGCUCACGAGAAGAGAUUGAUAAUCUGAUGGUAUUGAAGGAAGAACUGGAAUUCUCUGUCCUAGUACUUAAAGCUAAAUUGGAUGAACAGAGCACUCAGAUGACCACUCAGAUGAUCUUACUGGAAGGGCGCAAUGAUGAAGUGCUGCUGCUGCAGAAUCAGUGUAAUGAGCUUUCUCAAAGGCUUUCUGAACAAAUUUUGAAGACUGAAGAGUUCAAAAACUUGUCCAUACAUUUGAAGGAGCUCAAAGAUAAGGCUGAUGCAGAAUCCAUCCAGGCGCCGGAGAAGAGAGAAUCAGAAGCACCACCAACUGCUAUGCAAGAGUCCUUAAGAAUUGCAUUUAUCAAAGAACAGUAUGAAACAAGGCUGCAAGAACUAAAGCAUCAGUUGGCUGUCUCCAAAAAGCAUAGCGAGGAAAUGCUAUGGAAAUUACAAGAUGCUGUGGAUGACAUUGAGAAUAGAAAGAAAUCAGAAGCGUCUCACUUAAAGAGAAAUGAAGAACUGGGAGUGAAGAUCUUGGAACUGGAGGCUGAGUUACAAGCAUUGAUUUCGGAGAAGCGUGAAAAAAUGAGGGCUUAUGACCUGAUGAAAACUGAAAUGGAUUGCUCAAUGAUUACCCUUGAAUUCUGCAUGGAAGAAAAACAGAAACUUGAAGCAUAUUUGCAAGAAUGUAAUGAAGAAAAACAGAAACUUGAAGCAUCUUUGCAAGAAUGCAACGCGGAAAAACAGAAACUUGAGGCGUCUUUGCUAGAAUGUAAUGAGGAAAAAUCUAGACUCUCAGUUGAACUUAGAGUAGUGAAAGAAUUGCUUGAGACCUCCAAAUCGACUACGAAUUUUCUAACUGAAAGAAAUGGAAAACUAAAAGAUGCUAGCAUUCCUGGUGAGCUUGUUGUCAAUACUGCUCCAACUCGGGACAUUGAUUUCAUGAAUUUGGACCAAGAUACUUCAGAAAACUCCAGACAAGCAGAAGGCUUAGUUCCUGUUGGUGUAGGCGACCGCACAAAUGCAUCCACAGAUUUGCGACCUGAGCAGGAUCUGGUAGCUAAUGAUACAAAUGAAGUUCAAAGUCUGACACUCGUCAACCAAUGGAACUUGCCGAAGAAAUUAACCUCCCCUUUGAGUUCCACUCCGACUCCACGAAAAGAAUCAGACCAACUUUCACAGCCAACGAUUCAGCUAGGACGGGGGGCAGGGCCAGAGGGCUUCGAGAAGGACCCUAGCAGCAACCCAUUUGAAUUGCAGAGAACCCCACCAAUACCACCUCUGAUCCAAUCUUUGUCCAUCGCACCAUCUAUGUUUUCCUUAAAGAAACCCGAGAGAGGCGGAGACCAAGAGGGGGACGAGCUGGAAAGGAUGAAAAAUGAGAAUCUGAUUCUUUCAAAACAUGCUCAAGAUUUCAACACCAAGUUUCCAUGUUUACAGCAAGAACUAAUGCAGUUAGAUAAGGUGAAUGAGGAACUGGGAAGCAUAUUUCCUUCGUUUAAUGAGUAUUUAGAAACUGGAAAUGCAUUAGAACGGGUACUAGCGUUGGAACUUGAGCUUGCCGAGGCGUUGCAAACAAAGAAGAAAUCAAGCAUUCUUUUUCAGAGCUCUUUCCUGAAACAGCACAAUGAUGAGGAAGCAGUGUUCAAAAGUUUCAGGGACAUCAAUGAACUGAUCAAAGACAUGUUGGAGAUUAAGGGAAAAUACGGAGUGGUAGAGACUGAACUAAAAGAGAUGCAUGAACGAUACUCUCAGCUAAGCCUUCAAUUUGCAGAGGUUGAAGGCGAGAGACAGAAACUCGUGAUGACGCUCAAGAAUAUUCGGCAAUCAAGGAAAGCCCAAAACUUAAUUCGCUCCUCAUCAGCCUCUCCCGGAGACCAUUCGUGAGCCGUAAGAAUAAACAUGGCACCAGAUAUGCUCUUUGCAAUGUCCGCCCCCUUACAGGAUUAGGUUCAUGCCUGUUCAAGUUUUCCAAGCUUAUACACAAUGUUUAAAAGGAAAGCAGCUGUAUUUUAUGUAAAUAAAUUAUAAAUUUCCCGGCUGUCACAGGUUUAGAAUUGUCAUAAGGUAUAGAUAGACUUAAAACCUCGGCCUUUUUCCCCCGGUCAUGGUGAUUUAUUCUUCUAUUAUAAAGUGAAUCAAAUUCUUUUAUUGACGGAAUUAUUUUCAUUUCGUUACUAGAAGCAGUUAUUCUAC